CAAAUCUUCGCCAUUGGAAUAAAUCGUUUUAACAAGGAAAAAAGCGAGAGUCCGAUGCAAAGCUGAACCAUUUUUGUGUUUAGUUUUUAAAAUUUUUAUUUGCUUGUAUACGAUACGAAAUUGUGAACUUGGUCUCUGUUGACUUUAUUAAGACGCUUAAUACACAAGAGAAAGGACCAAGAUACGAGUCAUUUAGCUCAUCAAGGAGAACCGCUGUUGUUCCCUGUUUAAGAACUACAUGCAUUUUUUGGUUAUUUUUCUGGGCUGUGUAAAUUUGCCUCACUUUAGCAUGUUAUAAUGACGUUCUUCAGGUUAGCAUGUACAGUCAUUGGGAACUAACCAUAUCUUUGGUUAUAGCAGUUGCUGCUAUGACCAUUUCCACUUAUGCUAAUAGCGAAACCUGCUCAUCAUAUGCAGGUGGUAAUGUCUACCCUAGCACCACAUUUGGUAAAGGUCAUGAACUGUAUUACUCAAAAGUGCAAAUAUCGAAACCAGCUCCUGAUUUCACAGCGACAGGAAUUGUGAACGGACAAAUCCGCGAAGUGAAGCUAAAAGACUAUUCUGGAAAAUACUUGAUCAUAGUGUUCUACCCGGCAGACUUCACAUUUGUGUGUCCCACUGAAAUACUGGCUUUUAAUGAUCGUCUGGAGGAGUUUAAAAAGAUAGGAGCUGAAGUGGUGGCGAUGUCGGUGGAUUCUCAUUUUGUGCAUCUGGCCUGGAUUCAGACUCCCAGGGACAAAGGAGGUCUGGGCGAUGUGAAACUGCCUCUGCUGUCCGAUCCAACCCACCAGAUCUCGAAGGACUACGGCGUGUAUCUGGAGGAGUUGGGUCACACUCUGAGGGGUCUGUUCAUCAUCGACACCAGAGGCACUCUCAGACAGAUAACUAUGAAUGACCUGCCAGUGGGCAGAAGUGUGGACGAGACACUCAGACUAGUGCAGGCAUUCCAGUAUACAGACACCCACGCAGAUGUCUGUCCCUCUGGGUGGAAGCCAGGCCAAGCCACUAUCAUUCCAGACCCCAAGGACAAAUUGAAAUACUUCAGCGAGGUCAACCCUCAGUCGAGCGCUGCAGAAUAAACAGUACAGUAAAGUACAGCACAUCACAGUAAAAUAAUGUCAAAGAAUGAGAGGGUAUUUCGACAAAAACUGAAACUUAUUAAGAAUGGAAAAACUGAAAACUGACUGUCAGAAUUGUAUGUUUCUUGUAGACAAAUUCUUAUUAAUUGAUACGGUUCAAGUUUGCCAACUUUGAGUUUUUGAGGGGCUACAAGUCAUUGUUUCCGAUUUGUUGUUGAUUAUAUUAAAAUAUUUAAUGUUUUUUCUUGAGUACUCGUAUCAUGACGACUGUUUUGUGGUAUUUGUGCCUUAGAUUUUGAAAAACCAUUUAAGUUAAAUUGUAUUUAAUGUAUUUAAGUUGAAACUUGUACAAAUAUCUUGAUGUCCCUGCAUUGCAAGUAAUAUAAUAUGUUAACAUCGAUAUAUGUAUUUAUCGAAGAUGAAACAAAAUUUAAGUUUGUGAGUUUAACUUAAUUUACUACAAUUUAAAGGCAGUUAUAACACUUGCGAUCAGUCAAAGUUUGGAACUGACUUUUGGUAACAGACUUUUUGAGCUAGAUUCUUUGUUAGGCGAUAAGGUUAUUGCAACCGAGUACUAGACUUUAAAACUAUAAUCACAGGGUGAAUGGAAUCUAAAAAUUUGCACUUUUAUGAGUUAAAAGACCAAAUUUGAUCAUGUCUGCAGUUUGAAAGCCCAUUGUGUUUGAAUUAUUUUUUAAAUAAAUGUAUUUGUAUAUACUGUCAACUA